AUGGAAGGUGUCAACGAUCAAGGAACAAAUCAAGCAACAUUACAUACAAGUCCUGACUGCCUGAUGCCAACUAGUCGUACGAUGGCAGGAACUCCUACCUACGACACAUGCGACGUGACGCUCAAUUUCAAUGCGGGAUGCGGCGUCAAGUUUCCAACGGCAUCCAGUUUUGGGCCAGCAUUCAAUACGAAUGGAGGUGGAUGGUUCGCCUCUUAUUGCGCUUACAUAUCUCACGCACGUUCAUUCGUCAAUCCCGACGCAUGGGGAACGCCUGCGGCGUACUUCCCCAACACCUUUUGCGACUUCUCGACCCAUUUUGAUCCGCAGAAUAUUAUUAUCAAUCUCACUCUAUGCGGGGACUGGGCUGGUUCUACCUAUAGUCAGGGCACUGGAUGCCCCUUGACCUGUGUUGACCACGUCAAUUACAAUGCGUCCGCUUUUACCGACGCGUACUUUGACUUCGCCUCGAUUCGAAAGGCAACCUUUUAG